ACAGACCCCUCCCAGGUGCACUUUGUUCCUGUCACCUCUACCACCCUCACUCCACCUGGUGCCGUUUUCUCAGCUAACCUAAUCCUCCAACUCCUUGCUCCACUCUGGGCUUCAACCCUCCCUUCUCUACAACCUCUUUUCUCCCCGGGAAUCCCAAUUCCCAGAAGAGGAGGGGGCUGGAGAAGGCGGAGUGGGAAGGGCUGGCCAAGGGGAGGAGCCUUUAGCUCUGGCCGCUUAGGCUUUGGGAAGGGCUGAGAGGUACCGGGAGGUACCAGGUUUAAAAUGUGCGGAGGUAGCGAGAGAAGCUGAUCUGGACCGAGAGACUGCAGCAGCCGGCACUCACCAAGUCCGGGGAACUCUACAGGAAGUGAACACUGCUUGAGAGAAGCCCACAGGACAUGGACAUGGAUGUCUCAACGGCGACUUUGAAUGGAGACUCGGUCAUUUCGGUCAAUGGCACUGGAACAGGUCAAGCCCCCAAGACCCUGAAAACCACGCCCACAGUUGUCCCUCCUGAAUCCAGGGUGGACUUUCCUGUGACUUAUGAUGGAAAGACCUGUCCCCAGGAGAGAGGCCCCAUUGCUGGGGUGUACUUGGAAGCUUCGGCCCAGCCCCUGGGCUUCUAUGAAGCCAUCCAGCGAGGGCUACUCCCAGCCAAGGUAGGACUGGCUCUUCUUGAAGCCCAGGCAGCCACAGGGGGCCUCGUCGACCCCAUUCAGGGCCAGCUUCUCCCUGUGACUGAGGCUGUGAAACAGGGACUAGUAGGCCUGGAGCUGAAAGAAAAGCUGCUCACAGCUGAGCGAGCCCUCACCGGCUACCCUGAUCCCUACGGGCCAGGGAAGCUGCCCCUCUUCCAGGCUCUCCACAAGGAAGUUGUGGCCAGGGAUUCAGGCCUGAGCUGGCUGGAAGCCCAGCUGGCCACGGGCGGCAUAAUAGAUCCUGCACAGGGAGGUCGUGUCUCACUGGACCUUGCCUACCAGAAGGGCCUCCUGGAUGAGGAGACAGGCCACAGCCUCUCUGACCCUGCAGCUGAUGGUCCCCGGGCCUUCUCUGACCCUAACACAAAGGAGCCACUCACCUAUCAGGAGCUUAGGAGCAGGUGUGUGCUGAGCCCUGCCACGGGGCUGGCCCUGCUCCCACUGAAGAUCACCUUCCCAUCCCUGGGAGGGAUGGUGAGCAGCGAACAGCUUCUGGAGGCUGGCAUCCUGCCUAGGCAGGUGUUUGAAGAGCUGAGGGACGGGAGGCUGCUUGUGCCUGAAGUAAGGGCUCGGGAAGAAGUGCAGUGUUAUUUGGAGGGAACAGGAAGUAUAGUUGGGGUCAUUGUACAGUCCACAGGCCAGAGGAGGAGCAUCUACCAGGCCCUGAUGGAGCACCUCCUCCCCCCAGGCACUGCCCUUGCCCUCCUCCAGGCUCAGGCUGCUACCUAUUCCCUCAUGGACCCUGCCAGUGAAAAGAAGCUGGGGCUGGAUGAGGCCGUCAGGGCUGGGCUUGUAGGGCCUGAGUUCCGGGAGAAGCUCUUGGUAGCCGAGCGGGCGGUGACUGGGUACCCAGAUCCCUUCAGCAGAAGUCUCAUCCCCCUCUUUCAAGCCAUGAGAAAGGGGCUAGUAUCGAAGGAACUGGCGCUACGACUUCUGGAGGCCCAGCUGGCCACAGGGGGGAUCAUUGAUCCGGUUAGGAAACUCCGGCUGCCGCUGGAGACCGCCUUCCAGUGGGACUGCCUCGAUAAGGAGACAUUCGCCAGUCUCUCCCACCCUACUGGUUUUUUUGACCCCAACACCCAGGAGAACCUCACCUAUGAGCAGCUGCUAGUCCGCUGUGUCACUGAUCCAGAGACCGGCUCCCUCCUCCUGCCUCUCUGUGGGGGAGAUGACAAAGGGCAUCCAGAGGGACCAUGGUUCAUUGACCAUACCACCCAGGAGGGUCUGAAGAAGGCCACAGAAGUUGUCACAGCAGGGAAGUUCAAAGGACAAAGAGUGUCUCUCUGGAAGCUUCUCUUCUUGGACGUCAUCCCAGCAGAGCAGAGGGCUACCCUGGCCCAGCAGUUUAAGGAGGGAGCGCUCUCCACAGAGAUGCUGGCGUCCCAGCUCAGCGCCAUCAUCAACCAGGCCGCCGCCGCCUCCCGGGUCACCUUCGAAGGCCUGAGGGAGCACGUGACACCGAGGGAGCUCCUCAGGUCGGAGAUCAUCAAUCAGGACCUGUAUGAGAAGCUGGAGCAAGGCCAGACGACAGCACAGGACGUGGGGGGCCUUGACUCCGUGAGGAAGUACCUGCAAGGGACAGGGUGCAUCAGCGGCCUGCUCCUCCCUGACUCCCAGGAGAAGGUCAGCAUCUACGAGGCCCGGAGGAAGGGUUACCUGAGGCCGGGCACGUCCCUCAUUCUUCUGGAGGCACAGGCAGCGACCGGCUUUAUCAUCGACCCCAAGGAGAACAAGAGGUAUUCUGUGGAGGAGGCCCUCAGGGCCAGUGUCAUCGGACCCGAUGUUUACGAAAAGCUGCUGUCAGCCGAGAGAGCGGUGACGGGCUACAUGGACCCGUGCUCGGGGGACAGGCUCUCCCUGUUCCAGGCCAUGAACAAAGAGCUCAUUGUCAGGGACCACGGCGUGAGGCUGCUGGAGGCCCAGAUCGCCACGGGUGGCAUCAUCGACCCCGUGCACAGCCACCGCGUGCCCGUGGAGGUGGCCUACAAGCGCGGCUACUUUGACCGGACCAUGAACCUGAUCUUAUCUGACCCCUCGGACGACACCAAGGGCUUCUUUGACCCCAACACGCACGAGAACCUGACCUACCUGCAGCUGCUGGAGAAGUGUGUGACUGAGCCAGCCACCGGCCUCUGCCUCUUGCCACUCAACAGCCAGAAGCCCCAGCUGGUGACUGAAGCCACCCGCCAGGCUUUCCAGAAAUCCCUCCUGCUGGUGAAAUACGGCCGGUUCAAGGGUCAAAGGGUCUCCGUGUGGGACCUGAUCAACUCCGAGUACUUCCGAGAGGGCCAGAGGCGGGAGAUUCUGACCCACUACAAGCUGCGGAAGAUAACCCUGGAGCAGAUUGUGUGGAGACUGGAGGAGGAGAUGAAAAAGUGGGCAGGCAUCACCCUGCCGACUCUCCGGGGUCGGGUCACGGCCUACCAGCUCCUGGAAUCCUGCGUCAUUGACCGUGACCUCCUAGAGGAGGUACUGGAUGGGAGGGUCAGCCCUGAGGAGCUCCUGAAAGUGGAGUCCGUCCACAGGUACCUCCAUGGCUCAGGGACCAUUGGGGGGGUGCUCCUGCAGCCUUCCAACCAGAGGCUUAGUCUUUAUGAAGCCAUGAAGCAGAAACUGUUGGUCCCUGGAGUGGCCCUUCCCCUCCUCGAAGCCCAGGCUGCCACUGGCUCCAUCAUCGACCCCGUGAGCAACGAAAAGCUCUCCGUGGAUGAUGCUGUGCGCAAGGGGUUGGUGGGGCCAGAGCUCCACGAGAAGCUCCAUUAUGCUGAGGAGGCAGUGACAGGCUUCAUGGACCCCUUUACAGGCAAGAAGGUUUCCCUUUUCCAGGCCAUGAAGAAAGGCCUGGUCCCUUCUCAGCAGGCUGUGCAGCUCCUGGAGGCGCAGGUAGCCACCGGGGGCAUCAUCGACCCCAACAGUCACCACCAUGUCCCCAUGGAAGUGGCCGUCCAGCGGGGUUACAUUGAUGAAGAGAUGGAGAAGACCCUCUCUGGAGCCUGCCCUGCCACCCUGCAGACCUUCUCUACAGCAGACGGGAGUGAGAGCCUCAGCUAUGCCCAGCUUAUAGAGCACUGCCAGCAGGACGAGGCUUCCGGCUGUCACCUGCUGCCCCUGCCCCAAACAGCCGCCCCCGUUUCUACAGAUGAGCAAAUUCAACAGGUCUUCCAGGAUACACUAGUAGCUGAGAGGAGUGUCUCCCUCUGGGACUUGCUGUGCUCUGGGCACUUCACAGAUGAUCAGAGGGAAGCCUUCUUGGAAAACUUCCGGCUGGGGAGGAUGACGGUCCAAGAAAUCAUGGCUGCUGCUCUGAAGCAAGUAAGAGAAGCAGAACUACAAGCUCAGACCCACAUCAUGCUACCAGGCUUACGGGGGGAAGUCCCUGCUGUCUGGCUGCUGGAUACAGGAAUCAUUGACCUGGACACACUGGAGAAGCUGAUUCAGGGAACACAGUCACCAAGCGAGGUUGCCCAGAGACCAGAGGUCAAACGGUACUUACAGGGGACAGGAUGCAUCGCCGGGGUCCAGGUGGAGGGAUCCAAGGUGAAGAUGAGCAUCUACCAGGCCAUGAAAAGCAACUUGCUUCCCCGUGGCCUUGGGCUGAGGCUGCUGGAAGCCCAGCUGGCUGCAGGCUUACUUGUUGACCCAGAGAACAACCGGAAACUGUCUGUGGAAGAUGCAGUCAAGACUGGUGUGAUUGGAGGAGAGCUGAGUGAGCAGCUCAUCCAAGCAGAGCGAGCAGCGACUGGCUACACUGAUCCCUACACCGGCAGCACCAUCUCUGUCUGGCAGGCCAUGGGCAAAGGACUUAUUGACCAGAAUGAGGGCUUCCUCCUUCUGCAAGUACAACUGGCUACAGGGGGGGUUGUAGACCCUAUCCACCACCUGCAUCUUCCCCUGCCAGCCGCCUGCAGGCUCGGCUUCCUAGAUGAGGAGACAGGUCAGGCCCUGGCCAAGACCACUGGAGAUAAGAGAUUUUUCUUCGACCCUAAUACCCGUGACAAGGUGACAUAUCAAGAGUUAAAGGACAGGUGCAUCUUAGACUCCAACACAGGCUUAUGGCUGCUCCCUCUCUCCCAGAGUGUGGCAUUGGAUGUUGACGACCACACCAUCAUGGCUCUGAAAGCCAUGAUGGUCCCUGUCAAGGUAGGGAGGUUCAAAGGCCAAACCGUGUCACUGUGGGACCUGCUGCACUCAGAGUAUGUUAGUGCUGACAAGCAGAAGGAGCUGGUAGACCUUGGUCGCUCAGGAAGGGCUGCAGCCCUUCGCCAGGUGGUGACAGAUGUCACCGCUCUCAUCGAGGAGACGGAGCAGAGGGCGAGGCAGAUCACAUUCCCUGGCCUCAGGAAGCAGGUGUCAGCCAAUGACCUGUUCAGAUCCCAGCUGAUUGACAAGAAAACACUGGACGAUUUGAACCAGGGCAAAAAAACGGUGCACGAAGUGACUGAGAUGGAGGGUGUGAAGAAGUUCCUGGAGGGGAGCAACUUCAUAGCUGGAGUGCUCAUCCAGGGCACAAAGGAGAGGCUGAGCAUCUAUGACGCCAUGCGGAGGCACAUCCUGAGGCCGGGCACGGCCCUGGUGCUGCUGGAGGCCCAGGCUGCCACUGGAUUCAUCAUCGACCCCGUGCAAAACAAGAAGCUGUCUGUAGAUCAGGCCUUGCCAGCUGGACUAAUUGGCAGAGAAGUGUAUGAGAAACUCCUGAGUGCAGAAAAGGCAGUGACUGGCUACACGGAACCCUACACCAACAAGCAAAUUUCCCUCUUUGAAGCCAUGAACAAGGGACUGAUUUUAAAGUCCCACGCCAUCCGACUUUUAGAGGCCCAGAUAGCCACGGGCGGCAUCAUCGACCCUGUGCACAGCCACCGCGUGCCCGUGGAGGUCGCCUACCAGCGCGGCUACUUUGACGAGGAGAUGAACCAGAUCCUCUCCGACCCCUCGGAUGACACCAAGGGCUUUUUCGACCCCAACACACACGAAAACCUCACCUAUCUGCAACUAUUGGAGAGAUGUAUUCAAGAAUCAGAAACUGGACUGUAUAUGUUGCAAAUAGUACAGAAAGGAGAGAGCUACAUAUACAUAGAUGAGACCACAAAACAGCUGCUGCGAUCCAGGACCACCAAGGUGCCCAUUGGGAAAUUUGCCAAUCAGACUGUUUCUGUCUGGGACUUGCUUUCCUCACAGUAUUUCACACAGCAGAAAAAGAGAGAUCUGGUCAGACAGUUCAGAUCAAACACUCUGCACCUGGACCAACUCUUAGAAAUUAUUAUAAAUACCAUUGAGGAAACAGAAAAACAGAACCAAGCAAUCAAGGUGAAAGGACUCCAUGGGGAUGUGACGGCUGCUGAGCUGUUCAACUGUGAGAUCAUUGAUGAGAAAGUCCUUGCUGGACUUCCAAAAGGAAAAGGGGCAGCAGAAAAACUUAGCCAACUAGAAUCAGUGAAAAGGUACAUGGAAGGGACAGGUUGCAUUGCUGGGGUGCUGAUACCAUUGACAAAGGAGAAACUGAGUGUCUAUGAGGCUAUGAACAAAGAAGUGAUUCCCAAGCUAAUUGGAAUGCAGCUUCUACAGGCACAGGCUGCCACUGGCUUCAUCAUCAACCCUCUGCAGAACCAGAGGCUGUCCGUGAAUGAAGCUGUGGCUGCAGGGGUGUUAGGGGAGGAGCUACAGGAAGACCUCCAGAAUUCAGAGAAGGCAGUGACUGGUUAUCAGGACCCAGACACAGGUGAGCGGAUAUCCCUCUACAAGGCCAUGAAGAAAGCUCUAGUAGAAAAAGAGGAGGCAAUGAGGAUGCUGGAGGCACAAGUAGCCACAGGAGGAGUAAUUGACCCAAACUAUGGUCAUCGCCUUCCCGUAGAUGUGGCCUGCAAGCGGGGCUGCUUAGACCCGGAAACAUACAACUUACUAUCAAAUACCAAGCACGGAAGCAGAAGAUUUCAGGAUCCGAAUACACAUGAGAAAGUGAAUUAUGGAGAACUCCAUUCCAGGUGCAUGAAAGAUCAAAAAACAGGACUGGCACUGCUGCCCAUAGUCAAACAUGAAAAGACUUACAGAUACAUGGACGAAGUCAUUGAAAAGGCACUCAAAGCAGAAAUGGUGACAGUGGAAAGGGGGAAGUAUAGAGGGAAAAAGAUGUCAGUGUGGGACCUACUUUGCUCUGAAUAUGUCACAGAAGAAAAGAAACAGGAAUUAGUGAACAGAUACAGGGAAGACACAUCAAAAGCAUUAGAAAGUAUUGUGAAAAUAAUUUGGGAAUUAAUUGAGGAAAAAGAAAACAAAAGAAAGGAGGUAUGGUUCCAAGGUUUGAGAAGACAAGUAACAGCGGCUGAACUUUACAAGGCUGAUAUAAUUAAUAAAGACACAUUACAAGAAUUAGAGACGGGACAAAAACAAGUAAAAGAAAUUGCAGAAGAAGAAAGAGUGAAAAAGUACCUGGAGGGCACCAGCUGCAUCGCGGGCGUCCUGGUGCCGUCCAAGGAGGACCCGGCCAAACAGGAGAAGAUGAGCAUCUACCAGGCCAUGUGGAAGGGCAUCCUGCGGCCCGGCACGGCCCUGGUGCUGCUGGAGGCUCAGGCCGCCACGGGCUUCGUCAUCGACCCGCUGCGCAACCAGAAGCUGUCGGUGGACGAGGCCGUGGCCGCAGGCGUGGUGGGCGGCGAGAUCCAGGAGAAGCUGCUGUCCGCCGAGAGGGCCGUCACCGGCUACACCGACCCGUACUCGGGAGAGCAGAUCUCCCUCUUCCAGGCCAUGAAGAGGGACCUCAUCGUCAAGGACCACGGCGUGAGGCUGCUGGAAGCCCAGAUCGCCACGGGCGGCGUCAUCGACCCGGUGCACAGCCACCGCGUGCCCGUGGAGGUGGCCUACCAGCGCGGCUACUUUGACGAGGAGAUGAACCAGAUCCUCUCCGACCCCUCGGACGACACCAAGGGCUUCUUCGACCCCAACACGCACGAGAACCUGACCUACAUGCAGCUGCUGCGCAGGUGCGUGCGCGACCCCGACACCGGCCUCUACAUGUUGCAGCUGGCCGACAAGAGCUCCGCAGUGUCCCAGCUGAGCGAGCAGAUGCGGCGCGCCCUGCAGGACGCCUGGGUCACGGUCCACGGGGGCCUCUUCCGCGGCCAGACCGUGACCGUGUGGGAACUCCUGUUCUGCAGGGACGUGGCCGAGAGCAAGAGGCAGGCGCUGCUGAGGAAGUACCGGGCCGGCGCCCUGUCCAUCGAUGAGCUCAGCAGCACCCUCACCAGCCUGGUGACGGAGGCCGGAGACCGGCGCGACGCCCCCACGGCCAGCUCAGCGGAGCUCAGCUCCCACCGAGACGGACCGCACCCGCGCAGCAAGCUGCAGGCCGCCACCAUGGAGGUGGGGGUCGGCCACUUGAAGGGGCGCAAAGUCCCCGUCUGGGACGUCCUGGUGUCCACGUACGUGACGCAGGUCACCCGGGAGGACCUCCUGGCCCAGUACGACUCGGGGGCCCUGCCCCUGCCAGCGCUGACCCGCAGGCUCACCACCAUCAUCGAAGAGGCCGAAGGCGGGUCUCAGGAGGCAGAAGCCCCGAAGAGGCGGAGUGCCCCCCCGGGGGAAGCCCUGGGGCUUGAGGAACCCACCAUGGAGGAAAUCGGACAGUUCCCAGGGGCAGAAGGGCCCCACGCCACCCUCACCAGCAUCAUAGGAGAUGGGGAAGCUGAGCAAGGGUUUCCGGGGCCUGAGGAGGCAGGUGCGGCCCGGGCCCGCACCUCCAACAUCCUGGGCCUGGACACCCCCGGGGCCGGGCCCGGGCCCAGAGGCGAGAUCCGGAGAUGGAAGUCAAGAGGUACCUGGAGGGACCAGCUGCAUGCGGCCCCGGGGCCGGGAGGACCCGGCCAAAGGGAGAAGAUGAGCAUCUACCAGGCCUGGAAGGGCAUCCGCGGCCCGCCGGCCCUGGUGCUUUGGGGAGGCCCAGGCCGCCCGGGCUUCCAUCACCCGCGCAACCAAAGCUGUCGGUGGGAGGCCGUGGCCGCGGGGGGGGGCGGAUCCAGGAGAAGCUUUGUGGGGGGCCGUCACGACCCGACUGGGAGAGCAGAUCUCCCUCUUCCAGGCCAUGAAGAGGGACCUAGCGGGACCACGGCGUGGGCGCUGGAAGCCCAGACGCCAGUGCUCGAGGUGGGGCGCUGGCCUCUAAUGCAGCUGGCCACAAGAGCCCGAGGUCCCAGCGAGCGGCAGAUGGGCCCCCAAGGCGCCCCGGUCCACGGGGCCCUUCCCGGCCAGACCGGACCGUGGGCCCUUUCUGCAGGGACGGGCCGAGCAGGGCGGCGCAGGAAGGCCCGGGCGCCCCUGUCCAUCGAUGAGCUCAGCAGCACCCCACCAGCCUGGUGGGGGCCGGGAGACCGGGGCCCCCCGGCCAGCCAGCGGGCUCAGCUCCCACCACGGACGCACCCGCGCAAGCUGCAGGCCGCCACCAUGGAGGCGGCCGGCCCGGGAACCUCCUGGCCCAGUACGACUGGGGGCCCUGCCCCUGCCAGCGCGACCCGGGGCUCACCCCAUCAUCGGGGCCGGGGCGGGUCCCCAGGGAGGCAAAGCGGGGGGGAGGCCCGCCGGGGCGGGAAGCCCCGGGGCGGAGGAACACCACCAUGGAGGGGUCGGCGUUCCAGGGCAGAAGGUGUCCGUGUGGGGGCCUUCCACCUCCUGACCGACGCCAGGAGGGAGGAGCUCCUGGCCCAGCACGCGUCUGGCGCCCUGACCCUGCAGGCCCUCAUCGCCACCCUCACCAGCAUCAUCGAGGAGACUGAGGAGAAGCUGAGCAAGGUGUCUUUCCGGGGCCUGAGGAGGCAGGUGUCGGCCUCGGAGCUGCGCACCUCCAACAUCCUGGGCCUGGACACCCUGCGCGAGCUGGCCCAGGGCACCAAGAGCCUGCAAGAGAUCACGGAGAUGGACUCAGUCAAGAGGUACCUGGAGGGCACCAGCUGCAUCGCGGGCGUCCUGGUGCCGUCCAAGGAGGACCCGGCCAAACAGGAGAAGAUGAGCAUCUACCAGGCCAUGUGGAAGGGCAUCCUGCGGCCCGGCACGGCCCUGGUGCUGCUGGAGGCUCAGGCCGCCACGGGCUUCGUCAUCGACCCGCUGCGCAACCAGAAGCUGUCGGUGGACGAGGCCGUGGCCGCAGGCGUGGUGGGCGGCGAGAUCCAGGAGAAGCUGCUGUCCGCCGAGAGGGCCGUCACCGGCUACACCGACCCGUACUCGGGAGAGCAGAUCUCCCUCUUCCAGGCCAUGAAGAGGGACCUCAUCGUCAAGGACCACGGCGUGAGGCUGCUGGAAGCCCAGAUCGCCACGGGCGGCGUCAUCGACCCGGUGCACAGCCACCGCGUGCCCGUGGAGGUGGCCUACCAGCGCGGCUACUUUGACGAGGAGAUGAACCAGAUCCUCUCCGACCCCUCGGACGACACCAAGGGCUUCUUCGACCCCAACACGCACGAGAACCUGACCUACAUGCAGCUGCUGCGCAGGUGCGUGCGCGACCCCGACACCGGCCUCUACAUGUUGCAGCUGGCCGACAAGAGCUCCGCAGUGUCCCAGCUGAGCGAGCAGAUGCGGCGCGCCCUGCAGGACGCCUGGGUCACGGUCCACGGGGGCCUCUUCCGCGGCCAGACCGUGACCGUGUGGGAACUCCUGUUCUGCAGGGACGUGGCCGAGAGCAAGAGGCAGGCGCUGCUGAGGAAGUACCGGGCCGGCGCCCUGUCCAUCGAUGAGCUCAGCAGCACCCUCACCAGCCUGGUGACGGAGGCCGGAGACCGGCGCGACGCCCCCACGGCCAGCUCAGCGGAGCUCAGCUCCCACCGAGACGGACCGCACCCGCGCAGCAAGCUGCAGGCCGCCACCAUGGAGGUGGGGGUCGGCCACUUGAAGGGGCGCAAAGUCCCCGUCUGGGACGUCCUGGUGUCCACGUACGUGACGCAGGUCACCCGGGAGGACCUCCUGGCCCAGUACGACUCGGGGGCCCUGCCCCUGCCAGCGCUGACCCGCAGGCUCACCACCAUCAUCGAAGAGGCCGAAGGCGGGUCUCAGGAGGCAGAAGCGCGAGAAGAGGCGGAGAAUGCCCGCCGGCGCCGCGAGGAAGCCCUCGGGGCGCUGAGGAACACCACCAUGGAGGUGAAAGUCGGACAGUUCCAGGGGCAGAAGGUGUCCGUGUGGGAAGUGCUCUUCUCCACCUACCUGACCGACGCCAGGAGGGAGGAGCUCCUGGCCCAGCACGCGUCUGGCGCCCUGACCCUGCAGGCCCUCAUCGCCACCCUCACCAGCAUCAUCGAGGAGACUGAGGAGAAGCUGAGCAAGGUGUCUUUCCGGGGCCUGAGGAGGCAGGUGUCGGCCUCGGAGCUGCGCACCUCCAACAUCCUGGGCCUGGACACCCUGCGCGAGCUGGCCCAGGGCACCAAGAGCCUGCAAGAGAUCACGGAGAUGGACUCAGUCAAGAGGUACCUGGAGGGCACCAGCUGCAUCGCGGGCGUCCUGGUGCCGUCCAAGGAGGACCCGGCCAAACAGGAGAAGAUGAGCAUCUACCAGGCCAUGUGGAAGGGCAUCCUGCGGCCCGGCACGGCCCUGGUGCUGCUGGAGGCUCAGGCCGCCACGGGCUUCGUCAUCGACCCGCUGCGCAACCAGAAGCUGUCGGUGGACGAGGCCGUGGCCGCAGGCGUGGUGGGCGGCGAGAUCCAGGAGAAGCUGCUGUCCGCCGAGAGGGCCGUCACCGGCUACACCGACCCGUACUCGGGAGAGCAGAUCUCCCUCUUCCAGGCCAUGAAGAGGGACCUCAUCGUCAAGGACCACGGCGUGAGGCUGCUGGAAGCCCAGAUCGCCACGGGCGGCGUCAUCGACCCGGUGCACAGCCACCGCGUGCCCGUGGAGGUGGCCUACCAGCGCGGCUACUUUGACGAGGAGAUGAACCAGAUCCUCUCCGACCCCUCGGACGACACCAAAGGCUUCUUCGACCCCAACACCCACGAAAACCUGACCUACAUGCAGCUCCUUCAGAGAUGUAGCUUGGAUCCUGACAGUGGCCUCUUAUUUCUUUCACUUAAAUAAUGUUUAGUUUCUCUUAUUUCAUUGAUUUCAUGCUUGUUAAUACAAUUUUCAGUAUUUUUGCAUUUCUCCUUUUUUUUUUUU